AGAUGAUUGUUUUAGCGACGAGUUUGAAGAAGAUGAAGAAACAAUGUUUCUUGUUAAGGCGAGAUCACGGAAAAGAAUUAGGAAUUUGGAUAGUGUGAUGACUGAAAUAAAUUCAAAUGAUGCAAGAGAGAAAAAUUAUGAGUCAAGGAAUGGUAAUGUGUGUACUGGAAGCAAGGAGAGAUGCAGUCCAAUAAAUGUGAAUGGUAAUGGAGAAGAUCGCUUAAAAUGCCAUCAGUGUAUGAAGAAAAAGUUUGUUGUUGUUCCUUGCACUAAGUGUAAGAAGAAAAUGUAUUGCAUCCAGUGUAUCAAGCAAUGGUACCCCCACUUAGAAGAAGAAGAAGUUUCGAUGCUUUGCCCAUUUUGCCGUAGAAACUGCAACUGUAAUGUGUGCUUGCACUCAAGUGGGAUGAUUAAGACUUCAAAGAGGGACCAACGUCUAGAAAUAGGUGGCGAGAUGGACCUGGCUGCUGGCAUUCAGGUGGCGCAGUUGGCCCUUAAGCAUCGCCAAAAUAAAAAACAGCAACAAAGGAUUAUUGUAUUUGCUGGAAGUCCUAUCAAACAAGAGAAAAAGACAUUGGAGUCUAUUGGAAGAAAGUUAAAAAAGAACAGUGUAGCACUUGAUAUUGUAAAUUUCGGUGAAGAAGAUGAUGCGAAGACAGAGAAGCUGGAUGCACUUCUUGCUGCCGUUAACAACAAUGACACUAGCCACAUUGUACAUGUUCCACCUGGCCCUAAUGCUCUUUCUGAUGUACUUAUAAGUACACCCAUCUUCACUGGGGAUGGGGAAGGUGGAAGUGGUUUUGCAGUAGCAGCAGCUGCAGCUGCAGCUGGUGGAGUCACUGGUUUUGAGUUUGGUGUGGAUCCCAACCUGGAUCCUGAACUGGCUCUUGCUCUGAGAGUUUCAAUGGAAGAAGAGAGGGCGAGGCAAGAAGCAGCUGCUAAAAAGGCUGCAGAGGAGACUUCUAAACAAGAAAAAGAAGAGGGACAGCCAUCUGGAACACAGGAUGCAACAAUGACUGAGCAUGCAAGUGUUGGAACUUCUGAAGCUGACAAUAAAACAACUGAUUUAAUGCACAUUCAUGUUUCAUAUAUUCUGAAUUGUAGACAUUGCUUACGGAAAAUAUUUGUGGUAGGGAAAUCAUAUUCUGAAAUUGAAGUACAACAAACCAUUUGUUAUAAUGAUGAGCGUAUCUUUUGCAAUCAUUGUGCAACUUCAAUUGUAGACCUUCAUCGAAGCUGCCCAACAUGUUCUUAUGAACUCUGUCUCAGUUGCUGUGAAGAAAUUCGAAAGGAAAGUCUUACAAGCCGUGGCAAAAUGAAGUUUCAAUACAUCAACAAGGGCUAUGACUACAUGCAUGGUGGAGAUCCUCUACCCGAAUCAUGUCUUUUAAAAACUUCUAAGGAACAUGUUAAGUCCUUUAUCAAAUGGAGUGCCAAUGGUGAUGGAAGUGUUACUUGUGCUCCAAAGGAAAUUGGUGGGUGUGGUGAAUGUGUAUUGGAGCUCAGGCGUAUCCUUCCACUGGGGUGGAUUUCAAGUUUAGAAAUCAAAGCAGGAAAUUUAUUGGAGAUGUUUAGAGCUCAACCUACAAAUUUUAAGCAUAAAUGUACUCGAAAGAGCAUGAAGAUUUUCCGAAGAGCAGCUUCUAGAGUAGAUUGUGAUGACAAUGACUUGUACUGUCCAUCUUCAAGGGACAGUCUUCUAGAAGAAGAGCGUUUGCACUUCCAACAGUGUUGGACUAAAGGUGAACCAGUUAUUGUUCGUGAUGUUCUUGAACAGACAGCUGGUUUAAGCUGGGAGCCAAUGGUCAUCUGGCGUGCGUUAUGUGAAAGUGUGGAUUUGGAUAUCAGCUCAAAAAUGUCAGAAAUGAAGGCCAUUGAUUGCCUGGCUGGUUGUGAGGUGGAGAUUAAGACCCGUGAAUUUUUUCAAGGCUAUAUGGAAGGUAGAACAUACUAUAACUUUUGGCCUGAGAUGCUUAAACUAAAGGACUGGCCCCCCUCUAACAAGUUCGAGGAUUUUUUGCCCCAUCAUUGUGAUGAAUUUAUCCGUGCAUUGCCAUUUCAAGAGUACACAGAUCCUAGGUCAGGCCUCCUUAACUUAGCUGUCAAGUUGCCUCUUGGUUUGUUGAAACCAGACCUGGGUCCAAAAACAUAUAUCGGAUAUGGGCUCGCAAAGGAGCUUGGAAGAGGGGACUCUGUCACUAAGCUUCAUUGUGAUAUGUCAGAUGCGGUGAAUAUUUUGACACAUACAGCAGAAGUAGUGUUGAGUGACAAGCAACGCUCAGCAAUUGCAACCUUAAAAGAAAGGCAUAGGGCCCAAGAUUGGAAGGAGCGUCUAGAUCGAGAGGAGUUAAGUUGUCCAACUGAAAAACUUGUUCAUAGCAACGGUGAGGACAUGGAGGUCCUAGAAAUUGCAGAUAUGAGCAAGCAUCCAUUUGAUUUUGAUGGUAAAAUUGAGAUGUUAAAAAGUGACAUAGAAGGGGCUACUUGUCCUGGUUUCUCCACAGAACAAGAAACAAAAGAAACAGGCAGUGCUUUAUGGGACAUUUUUCGGAGGGAAGAUGUUCCUCAAUUAGAGGCAUAUCUUAGAAAGCAUGCAAACGAAUUUAGGCACACCUAUUGUUCACCUGUCACUCAACAGGUUGUCCACCCAAUUCAUGACCAAUCCUUUUAUUUAACUUUGGAGCACAAAAGGAAGCUAAAGGAAGAAUUUGGUGUUGAACCGUGGACCUUUGUGCAAAGGCUUGGGGAAGCAGUAUUUAUACCUGCUGGAUGCCCGCACCAAGUUAGGAAUCUCAAG